UCCUUACUGUCUCUAGAAACAAAUUCACCAAGCUCAUCCACCACAGUCAACUCUACACAUUAAUCAAUCAAUUAAAAUCCCACGAACAGGCCCACCCUACCUAAGACAAAUUCCUAAAUCACCACCCACCACUACCAACUAUGAAGCGCAACCACAUCGUUCUCCCGGCCCUGCAAUUCGCCGCAGCUGCGUUCUUCGCCCAGACCGCCCUCGCCCAGCAGACCGAGACCUACUGCGUCUCCAAGUCGGACCGGCGCAUCGUCGCCGCCUCUAACUGCGACGACGCCGCCAACACCGACGUCCUCACAGUCGACGCCCCCGCGGGCCUGGCAGUUGGCAGCAUUGUCGACGAGGACGACGACAUGUCGGAAAACAUGGGCUCCCCUGCUAGCCGCGUCCGCGCUCGCAACGCUAAGGACCUCGAAUCGGGUGGGUUUGGUGAGAUUGUGGAUCGCGACGACGCUACUAGCACUACUACGAGCGGGCAGCCACGGGCGACUGGGUCUUAGGUUUUAACCGAACUCGAAGGUUGGGGUUUAGUGGUGAUUGCCAGUGAUCUGCUAUGCUCAUACGAUCUGGGUGGGCGAUGGUGUCGGAUAGAGGAGAUAGGGUGUGGAUUCGGAACUGGAAUAGAUAGAGGUGAGCGUCAUUCGUUUUCGAGAUGUGGGAUAAGGGAGUUAGGGCGU